GGCGGACGGUUCGGCUUUUUGUGUUGUAGCGCGUAUGUGCUAACCUGCGUCAUUGUUAAUUGCUUUUCGUUUCCAACAACAAAAAGAAUAGAAUGAUUUUCGACUUUUAUUGAACAUUGUCCAAUUUAAAAAAACUUUAACUAGUUAAUCAGCUUUAACGGUUAAAAUGCAAUCUGUAAAAACAGCAGAUUUGCCGGAAAAUCCGCGGGAGCAUGCGAAUUUUAUAUCGGCAGCAUGUUUUUGGUACACCAUGCCCACUUUCCUGAAGGGACGCAAGAAAGUGCUGGAAACUGAGGAUCUCUUUAAAGCAUUGAAGGAGCACAAGUCAGAAAGCCUCGGCAAUGAGCUGUGCGAUGCCUGGGAGCGGGAGCUGCAGAAGCAGCAGCUGAACUCCAAGAAGGAGCCAAGCAUGCUGCGUGCUCUGCUGCGUGUCUUUGGCCUGCACUUCGGCAUGUUGGGCCUGGUGCUGUUCAUGUUGGAGCUGGGCUUGCGCACGGUACAACCGCUGUGCCUGCUGAAGCUGAUCUCCUACUACACAUACGGCACGGAUUCCAAAGAUAAUGCCUAUUACUAUGCAGCCGGCGUGGUCGGGUGCAGCGCCCUGAAUGUCAUUAUUAUGCAUCCCUAUAUGCUGGGCACAAUGCACGUGGGCAUGAAAAUGCGCGUUGCCAUUUGCAGCAUGAUUUAUCGCAAGUCGUUGCGGCUGAGCAAGACAGCACUGGGGGAUACCACAGCUGGGCAUAUUGUGAAUCUGAUGUCGAACGAUGUGGGACGGCUGGACUUGGCGACAAUAUUUGUGCAUUACCUGUGGGUGGGGCCACUGCAAACGCUCUUCAUCACGUACCUCAUGUACCUGGAGAUUGAAAUCGCUGCUGUUUUUGGUGUGGCGUUUAUGCUGCUCUUCAUACCCUUGCAGGCCUGGCUGGGCAAGAAGACGUCGGUGCUCAGGAUGCGCACAGCGUUGCGUACAGAUGAGCGUGUCAGGAUGAUGAACGAGAUCAUUGCUGGCAUUCAAGUGAUCAAGAUGUAUGCCUGGGAAUUGCCCUUCGAGACAAUGGUCGCAUUUGCCCGCAAAAAGGAAAUCAAUGCCAUCCGACACGUAUCCUAUAUACGUGGUAUACUGUUGUCCUUCAUCAUAUUCCUAACGCGCGUCUCCAUCUUUCUAAGCCUGGUGGGCUACGUACUCUUGGGCACAUUUCUAACGCCCGAAGUGGCCUUUGUGAUAACGGCUUAUUAUAAUAUAUUGCGCACCACCAUGACUGUCUUCUUUCCGCAAGGCAUCUCACAGAUGGCCGAGGCAUUGAUCUCAGUUAAGCGUGUUCAAGCGUUUAUGCAGUACGAGGAGACAGAUGUCACGGAUAAAUCUUUGGACGUGCCCUUAGUCUCACCGGGCAGCAAUCAGACGACUGUCCACUCCAAACUGGAACAGGAGACAGAGGAUGCCAAGGAGAAGCUACUGACGCCGACAAAACUUCCCCACAUCAAUGAGAAUGCCAUGCUUUCCGAGGCGCAAAUAUCCAUAAAUGCAUUGAAGGCCAAAUGGGACAUCAGUUCACCUGAUUACACCCUCAAUGGGGUUAACUUACGUGUUCAACCAGGCACCAUGCUCGGUAUUGUGGGACGCACAGGAGCUGGCAAGUCCAGCUUGAUUCAAGCCAUACUGGGAGAGCUGCGUGCGGAGUCGGGCGAGAUUCGUGUCAACGGCACGUUCUCCUAUGCAUCCCAGGAGCCCUGGCUCUUCACUGGCACGGUGCGACAGAAUAUUCUGUUUGGCCAGGCCAUGGACAGGCGUCGCUAUGCCCAGGUGGUGAAGAACUGUGCUCUGGAGCGCGACUUUGAGCUGUUGCCCUAUGGCGAUAAGACGAUUGUGGGCGAACGAGGUGCCUCCUUGUCGGGUGGCCAGAAGGCGCGCAUCAGCUUGGCCCGCGCCGUCUAUCGCCAGACGGCCAUCUAUUUGCUCGAUGAUCCACUUAGCGCCGUGGACCCGCAUGUGGCGAGGCAUCUCUUUGAGAAAUGCAUGCGUGGCUUUUUGCGGGACAGAAUUGUCAUCCUUGUCACUCACCAGCUGCAAUUCCUGCAGCAUGCCGAUCAAAUUGUCAUACUCGAUAAGGGGCAAGUGAGCGCUGUGGGCACAUACGAAUCGCUGCGCGAAUCGGGUCUAGACUUUGCUGCAAUGCUAGCGGAUUCGUCGCGCGAUGAGCAUGGCAGUGAGGAGCGCUCACGCUCCGGAUCGGGCUCGGCCAGCGAUAAGCGACGCAACAGCGAACAGUCGCUUCUAUCACUAGCCGACUCCUGUCUGGACGAGGCAACUGCAGCACAAAUGCAUGUGCAGGAGUCACAGGAGCAGGGCCGCAUCGGUCUGGCACUCUACAACAAAUACUUUAAGGCAGGCGGCGGCAUCUUUGCUUUCAUUGUCAUGAUGGGCUUCUGUGUGCUCUCCCAGCUGAUGGCCUCCCUGGGCGACUAUUUUCUGUCCUAUUGGGUAGCCAAGAAGGGUAACGUGAGAAGCAUGAAUAACAAUGGCACCCUUAUGGCCGAUUCGUCUGCUUCGCCCGUUGCCAAUGACACCGUCGCAAUUGGGUCAGAACAUGUUCUCGAAUCUCGUCUCUGCAAUUGGCUCAACGAUUUGGGUUGGUCCGUGGAUGCUGAAAGGCUGGAUACCUACCUAUUCACGCUGAUUACGAUUGCCACCAUUGCGAUCACCUUGGCCCGUUCAUUUCUAUUCUUCAAUCUGGCCAUGAAGGCAUCCACGAAGUUGCACAAUUUAAUGUUUCGUGGCAUAACUCGCGCUGCCAUGUAUUUUUUCAAUACAAAUCCUUCGGGUCGCAUAUUGAAUCGCUUCUCCAAGGAUAUGGGUCAGGUGGAUGAGAUUCUGCCGGCUGUCAUGAUGGAUGUCAUACAAAUCUUCUUGGCACUUGGUGGCAUUGUCAUUGUUAUCGCCAUUGUCAAUCCCUUGUUUCUCGUUCCCACGGCGGUGCUGGGCAUCAUUUUCUAUCAGCUGCGCACGUUUUAUCUGAAAACGUCACGGAAUAUUAAACGCUUGGAGGCCAUCACUCGCUCACCCAUCUACUCGCACAUGACUGCCUCGCUGACGGGCUUGUCCACCAUUCGGGCCUUUGGGGCACAGCGGGUGCUGAUCACCGAAUUCGAUAAUCAUCAGAAUUUGCAUAGCUCAGCCUUUUACAUGUUCAUUAGUACGUCGCGUGCCUUUGGCUAUUGGCUGGACUGUUUCUGUGUCAUCUACAUCGCCAUUGUUACGCUUAGUUUUUUCAUCUAUCCCCCCGCGAAUGGCGGCGAAGUAGGUCUGGCCAUAACGCAGGCCAUGGGCAUGACUGGCAUGGUGCAGUGGGGCAUGCGUCAGUCUGCGGAGCUGGAGAACACAAUGACCGCUGUGGAGCGUGUCGUCGAAUACGAGGAUAUUGAGCCGGAGGGCGCUUUGGAAGCGCCGGCCGACAAGAAACCGCCUGCCAGCUGGCCCGAACACGGCAAGAUAGCGUUCGAGGAGCUUAGCCUACGCUACUUUCCCGAUCCCAAAUCGGAAAAUGUGCUUAAGUCACUUAACUUUGUUAUUAAGGCGCGCGAGAAGGUGGGCAUUGUGGGUCGGACAGGUGCCGGCAAAUCAUCUUUGAUUAACGCCCUCUUCCGUCUGUCGUACACCGAUGGCUCCAUACUUAUCGAUAAACGGGACACCCAAGCAAUGGGUCUGCACGAUUUGCGCAGUAAGAUAUCGAUUAUACCUCAGGAGCCGGUGUUGUUCUCUGGCACAAUGCGCUACAAUUUGGAUCCCUUCGAUGAGUAUAGCGAUAGUAAGCUAUGGUCGUCCUUGGAAGAAGUGAAGCUAAAGGACGUCGUUGCCGAACUCUCCAGCGGCUUGCAGAGUAAAAUAACGGAGGGCGGCACCAACUUCAGCGUGGGUCAACGUCAAUUAGUUUGCUUGGCACGUGCCAUUUUACGUGAGAAUCGUAUAUUGGUCAUGGACGAAGCCACCGCCAAUGUGGAUCCCCAGACGGAUGCACUAAUACAGGCGACCAUUAGGAAUAAGUUUAAGGACUGCACCGUGCUUACAAUAGCACACAGGCUGCACACGAUCAUGGACUCGGAUAAGGUGCUCGUCAUGGAUGCCGGCCAAGUUGUUGAGUUUGGAGCACCCUAUGAACUGUUAACCAGUGCAGAGAGCAAGGUCUUCCACGACAUGGUCAAGCAGACUGGCAAAGCAACCUACGAUAAUCUGUUCCACGUGGCCAAGAAGGCAUUCGAAGCAGCGCAGCAAUCUCGUCGAUUAUCGUCGUAAGGCCAACAUUCUAUGUUGUCCUUAUAAAAUCCAGGCCGGUCUUUCGAAUGUAAAUAAAUUCAUCCAAUUCCAGUUUAUAAUAUGAUAUUCAUAAACAUUUUUGUGUACUUAUGUGUGUGCCUAUGCCUUGAAUAUUGAAUUGAUAAUGAUUAUAUAUUGUAUAUGUAUGUUAAGUGUAAAAGUGCAAGGAAUAAUGUGCCUUCAAUAUAAUUAUAAACUACUUACAAAUGUACUUAUAAAAAUAAAUUU